GUAUCUCUGGGGCAUGGAAGGCCACAGUCACAGUUGGACACCUCUGCGUUCACUGAUAGCGUUGAGUCACAUUUCAGUCCCAGCUUUCCCUCUGUGUGGCCUCAGGAGACACUCAUCCUGCACCUAUCUGCAUCCAAAAACCUGCAACUUCUGACCCCAGAGAGAGAGAGAGAGAGAGGCGGCGGCCGCGAGGCUCUGAGGAAGUCAGUGAGCGUUGCUGCAAUCCGUAAUUUGGCCGUGAAGACACAGCAGGCCCACAGUGCUCCUGCCCAAAGUUCCUCCUUUUGCAACCAACUGACUGAAUGUUGUGUUUCUUAGGAGAUAAGGGCAGCCUCCCACGAAAGGUGACUCAGCAAUCCAGCACACACGGCCUCUCCUGAGAUAAGGGAGCUCUGUGGGGCCUGAAGUCGGUGGGAUACUGGGAAACAGUCACAAGCAGAGAACUGUCAAAGGACCCAGGCAGUAACUCAGCGAGGAUGCGCUCAGUGUGAGAAAGAAACAAUGAAGAAAAAAAGAACCAAAGUGCUCUGGUUCUGAUAUAAUCCAGAUUCUGGACACUCGCUGAUGUGAUGAGGCAGGACAUAAGCUUUGAGACUGAGGGGGCCAUAAAUGGAGUGAAAGAGCAAAGUGAAAUGGAUGAAACAUUAAAGAAAGAAAGAAAACUCAUUAUAUGGGAAAGAAAACACUUGUGUUAAUUUCAUGGACUGCUUCAGCGUGCCAGUACAGGUGACAGAAGGGGAGCUGUCCAAUAUGCAAGUAAGGAGUCAUCGCCCCCCCCCCCUGUCAGCUUCCUCGGUGAGAAUGAAAUAAAUAAACAAUGAAUGGUCCACUCUCCUCGCGCGCCUCAUCCCAUCUCAUGCAUGGCUGCCAGUAAUGGUCUACUGGGUGUCAGCUUUUAUUGGCACGGCACAAAGCAAGUGCCAAGGGCUCGGUGGAUCGACUCCCCGCUGCAGACUCGGCCUGUGGAUAAAAGCGAGCAAAAUGCCCCAGUCGAGCUCAGAGACAUAGUCAUGUUGGGCUGGAACGAGGAAGUGCAGUGGAGAGGGGAGGGACUCAGGGCGCAGCUCCAUGGGGCCGCCGCGGCGCUGCGACCUUCUGCACAUGGAGCCGGGGAGAGUUGGAAGAACUUCAUACUGCAAACUCAAGGAAUAGCAGAGUACUUGCACCGCAUGGAGACGGAGGAGGCCCAGGAAAUGGCCCAGCUGCCAGGCAGGGACAGCCCCCCUGCCAACGAAGCGUCCGAGGAGGCAGAGGAGCCCAUGGCCGUCCCUGAGGACCUGUCAGCCAGCUCCACCCACCAGCAGAACAACAGAGGGGACAAAGCCUGUAACAUUAAAGUUGAGGCUCGCAGUGAUGAGGAGAAUGGGCUGGCCUGUGACAUGAAUGGCGUGGAGGAGGAGGAGUGCGCGGAAGACUUGCGCGUGAUCGAUGCCUCUGGGGUCAAGGUGAACGGCUCACAGCCGAGCCCCGAAGCAAAGGCCUUCUCCUCGGCCGGCGGUAUCCGGCUGCCCAACGGAAAGCUCAAGUGUGAUAUCUGUGGGAUAGUUUGCAUUGGCCCCAAUGUGUUGAUGGUGCACAAGCGGAGCCACACCGGAGAACGUCCGUUCCAGUGCAGCCAGUGCGGUGCCUCUUUCACCCAGAAGGGCAACCUGCUGCGUCACAUCAAGCUCCAUUCAGGGGAGAAACCCUUCAAGUGUCACUUGUGCAGCUACGCCUGUCGCAGGAGGGACGCCCUCAGCGGACAUCUACGCACCCACUCGGUUGGAAAACCUCACAAGUGUGCUUACUGUGGGCGGAGUUACAAGCAGCGCAGCUCUCUCGAGGAGCACAAGGAGAGGUGUCACAACUACCUCCAGUGCAUGGGGCUGCAGAACAGCAUUUACACAGUAAAGGAAGAAAGCAACCAGAAUGAGCAGAGAGAAGACUUAAGCCAGAUGGGAUCUGACAGAGCCUUGGUGCUAGACAGACUAGCGAAUAAUGUAGCUAAGCGUAAGAGCACUAUGCCACAGAAGUUUGUGGGGGACAAACGUCUGUCAGAUCUCUCCUAUGACGGAGGAGCAGGCGAGCUGAUUCAGCCCCACGUCAUCGACCAGGCCAUCAACAGCGCCAUCAGCUACCUCGGGGCCGAGUCGCUCCGGCCCCUGGUCCAGACCUCCCCGGCCUCCUCUUCCGAUGUGGGCCUCGGUUCCCUGUACCCUCUCCUCAAGCCGGGGCCCGAGGGCCACUUGGGGGCCGGCCACAACCUGUCAGCCAAAGACAACGCGGCCGAGAACCUGCUGCUUCUCUCCAAAUCCAAGUCUGCGUCCAGCGAGAAGGACGGCUCGCCCAGCCACAGCCCGGACUCCACGGACACCGAGAGCAACAACGAGGAUCGUCCGGGAGGGGCGACCUCCGGCCUCAUCUACCUGACCAACCACAUCACCUCGGGAGUGAGGAACGGCAUGCUCCCUCUGGUAAAGGAGGAGCAGCAGAGGCAGUACGAGGCCAUCCGGGCCAGCAUGGAGAUGGCCUCCGAGGGCUUCAAGGUGGUGAAGGCAGACGGGGAGCAGGUGAGGGCGUACCGGUGCGAACACUGCCGCGUUCUCUUCCUGGACCACGUCAUGUACACCAUUCACAUGGGCUGCCAUGGCUUCAGAGACCCCUUCGAGUGCAACCUCUGCGGUCAUCAGAGUCAAGACCGAUACGAGUUCUCCUCUCACAUAACGCGAGGGGAGCACCGCUAUUGAGAAGCACACACACACACACACACACACACACACACACACACACACACACACACACACACACACACACACACACACACACUUUCACAGACAGACAGGUGUACAUAUGGAAAACAAGCCACACACAUACAGACAUGCACCUGAAAUACAACAUUUUAAAUACACUCUUGUGUUUUUUUAUAGAAAGAAUGCAUGUUUGUUGAACACAGAUAAAUGUACAACUAUAAAAAACGAACAUAUUUCCCUUUCAAAUACCAUGCUCAGAAGGAGUAGUUCAUGUGUCUAUAUUGUUCGGUGAAGACAACACAACAGUUGCUGUGUCACAUCCAGCAUAGGUUUUUAAAUGAUGCAUUAACAGUUGCCAUAUGUUUAAAAUGUAUAAAUGUGUCUUUUCUUUUGGAAAACCAGUCAGCAAUGUUUUUUUCUAGAUUUUAAAUAGAAAAUAUUUCCAUCCUUACAUUUACUAAAUCUAUUCACUGAAGUGUUCUGAAGUUUUCACUGCAGGAAAAGUCAUUUUAAAAUCGGUAUUAAAUACAAUCAGUAAAAACAAUCAAUGUAGAUAACCCCACAUGUCCUUCCAAAGUUUCAACCUGUUCUUGUAUUUGUAACAACCUACAUAUUAUUUAUAUCACAUUUACACGCCUGUCUGUUUUUGUAUUUAUUACAGUAAUCGAUGUUUGUCUGUAGACUAGUUAAGAAAAGAUGCAUCUCUUUCUGUCCGACUGUACUAAAUGUGUUUGAGGUGAAAACAUGACCGCUGCUGGAUUUUAUUUUGAAUUUUAUCUGAAGAAAAUGUUGUCUUGGCCAUUUGUUUUGUACCGGAUGGCUAAGAAUUGUUUCACUCACAACAUUAAAAUGAGUCAUUUGAAGUGUCAAGGAGCUUUAUGCUUGCAAAAUAUCAAUAAAGGAUAUUUUAUAUAUGCACAAA